AUGCCUGGAUUGUGCUCGUUGACGCUGCGGGCGCACAAGACGCCGCUUUUGCGAGCCUCAUUACACCAUAUUAAGCACUUUUCCCGCUCAUCAUGUAAGAGCGACUAUGCGGAUACGCUCCCAAACCUCAAGAUUGGCGCGCAUACCAGAGUUCUGUUCCAGGGAUUUACAGGUAAAUCAACCCAUGGGUAUAUCACUAUCUCGCUAACAAGCAUUGCAGGCAGACAGGCUACGGCGAACGUGAAAGAGUCAUUGGAAUGGGGAACGAAGAUCGUCGGUGGUGUAAAGCCUGGUGUGGAAGGGGAACACCUGGGACUGCCAGUCUUCCCAUCUGUCAAGGCGGCCCAAGCGCAAGCAAAGCCGGAUGCCUCCGCAAUUUAUGUGCCAGGAAGUCAGACGGCAAAGGCGAUUGAGGAAGCAAUUGAAGCCGAGAUCCCUCUUGUUGUUGCAGUGGCAGAGCACGUCCCGCUCCAUGAUAUUCUUAGGGUCCACUCCAUACUCAAAACCCAGUCCAAAACCAGACUCGUCGGGGCUAAUUGUCCCGGGAUAAUCUCUGCGAUUGGGAAAUGCCGCAUCGGAUUCCAACCGCUGCCCUGCUUUGCCCCAGGUAAGAUAGGUAUAGUCGCGAAGUCAGGUACUUUGAGUUACGAGACUGUUGCCUCUACUACUCGUGCGGGGCUGGGUCAGAGCCUCUGUAUCAGUAUGGGUGGGGACCCGCUCGCGGGGACGAACUUUGUCGAUGCUUUAAAGAUCUUUGAAAACGACCCUGAUACAGAAGGAAUUAUCUUGGUUGGUGAGAUUGGGGGAACGGCCGAAAUGGAUGCGGCGGAGUGGAUUAGAGAUUACCGUCGCAGGACUACGAGCCCCAAACCGAUUAUGGCUCUAGUUGGCGGCCGACAAGCCCCUCCGGGACGAAUAAUGGGCCACGCAGGAGCCUGGACGGCACCUGGUGAGCCCGGGCCAGAGGAGAAGUAUAGAGCCCUUGAGCGCGCUGGCGCGGUCAUGGUCAACCAUCCAGAGAAAUUUGGGAAGGGGAUGAAGGCCCUUCUCACGAACAGGCGCAGUACUUCAAGCUCUGCCAAGCUUACGACGCAGUCCACCUUCGGAGGCCAGAAAAGGAGCCUGCACACAAUGAGACGAGUUAUCCCAAGACGUCAACAGACCCUCCAAAAAUGCCAAUCUCGAACCCUAUACAUCAAGCAAUUCCAAGCCCUCGACAUGCUCAAAAAAGCCGGCAUCCAAGUCAAUGAAACCUCCGUAUCAGCUUCAGACGUUCAUAUCUCCCUCACAAUCGACAGGACCGCACUCUCCCCCGCACUUAUCACCUCAACAUCUCCUGGCUUCGAACCCAGCAACUCCGCCCGUCUUCCCUUCCCUUACAUUAAAGAAAAAUUUGAGGCUUCGGACUCUAUCAUCACAACCGCAGCAACUCAGCUGAGUCUUCCAACCUCAGCACACGGCAAGCUCGCUGGAAUUGUUCAAGCGCUUUGGCAGAUCUUCAAGCAGAGGGAGGCCUUUGUCUUAGAGGUCCGAGCGAAUUACUCUGCUGAGGGGGGCUUCGAGGUACGCGGCGCGAGAUUUGGAUUUGACGACGCUGCGUUCCGAAGCUCAGGUCGGCAAGAGGAAAUCCAUGCGCUUAGAGAUGUCAAGGAGGAAGUGCCUGAAGAGGUAGAAGCUGAAAAAGAUGGAAUUGUCUACGUCAAACUCAACGGAAAAGGGAGCAUCGGUACCCUAGUAAAUGGCGCCGGCCUAGCAAUGAACACCGUUGACGCCCUUACACACCACGGCGGCUCAUGCGCCAACUUCCUCGACACAGGUGGCAAAGCUACCUCCGAGACGGUGAAAUCCUCCUUCCGAAUUAUCACCUCAGAUCCGCGCGUAAAGGCCAUCUUCGUGAAUAUCUUCGGCGGCUUGACGAGGUGCGAUAUGAUUGCUGAGGGGAUCAUACUUGCUUUCAGGGAUAUGCAAAUGAGUGUGCCAGUUGUUGUGAGGCUGAGGGGGACUAAUGAGGAGAGUGGGCAGCAGAUGAUCGCUGAAAGUGGGCUUCCGCUGCAUGCCUUUGAUAGCUUUGAAGAUGCAGCGAAGAAAGUCAUUGCUCUUGCGAAGGAGUAG